GCAGAUGUUCUAUGCAGGACACAUGUGGAAAUAGUGCCAUGUCAUGUGUUCAUAGGUGUACACACAAGAGUGCCGUGAUACAGGACACAGAUAAACAGUGUGUACGUGGCCUCCAGGAAGGAUCUCAAGGGUUCCAAGUCUGAGGAAGACAUAACCUGGUCCUGCCUGCUCCCCUCUCUCUGGCCCUGUUAUUCUCGGGGUCUGAGACGUUGACCUUCCCUGCUGGGCUAGGGGCUCUGAGGAUUCCACUUUCUCUAGACGCAUCCAGCUGUGUGAACCCAGGUGGUGGUACCCCUGGGGAGAGUGAGGAGUUCGGGUGGUCAAGGCAUCAGAGCAAGAGCCCUCUGGGGCCUCAGGCACAGGAGUGAAGCUGGAACCAUCAGGGAACAUGAGUGAAUUCUGGCACAAACUGGGCUGCUGUGUGGUAGAGAAACCCCAGCCGAAAAAGAAGAGAAGACGGAUUGACCGGACCAUGAUUGGGGAACCAAUGAAUUUUGUCCACCUGACUCACAUUGGCUCUGGGGAGAUGGGAGCUGGAGAUGGACUUGCCAUGACAGGUGCAGUUCAGGAGCAGAUGAGAUCCAAGGGAAGCCGAGACAGGCCAUGGAGCAAUUCUAGGGGCUUGUAGCUUCUGUAGGAAUGGUUCGCCAUCUUGAAGCCCCUAUUCUGUGUCCAGCCCAGAAGACACGCUGCCCCCACCAGAUCCCUCCAGUGACCCUCUCUUCCCUAUCUGCCUAACAGUGCCUCAGAAGGCUGGGGGCUGGACUCCCUCCAUUCCCUCUGGCUAUAGCCCCUCCUGGAGAUGGGGUCAAGGCAGCCGGACUGACCACAUGACUACUGGUUGGCCAGAGGGACACAGCUGAAGCCCUGGGCACCCUCAGAUCUGAGAUAGGAGUUCUUGGGGAUGUGGAAUAGGUUCCUUGCUCCUGAAUGAUGGUCUGGGUGCCACCUGUUUUUAAACUCUUAACCUGGAACUCCUUAAUGGGGUAGGUGGAUGAGGGUACCAAAGCCAAAACUGGCCUUGAUGAGAAGCUUCCUACUUCCUUUCUCUCCUCCUGGGAUGAACUCAAGCAGGGGUUGGGAGGGUGACUGCUGCCUGGUCUACCCUUUCUCUUUAGAUUUCAGACCUUAUGCUCACAGCCCCUCAAUAUCUCUCUGCCAACACCAGGGUCUUUCUCUAGUUAGACCUCUAAUCCUAUGUUUCUGUAGUGUCACUAGCUUCUCAGCAACUUUCCUUUUUAAAAAAAUUAAAAACUCAAGUUCUCUUAAUGACCCCCAUCCUGGUACUCCCUCUACCCUUAAUCCUGUCCCUGUUAGAAACUCUGUUUCCCAUUGAAUAAGCGUUAAGGUAAGACAUAGCUCUUAACCUGAUGGCAUUCCAUUCAAGUCUUGGGGGACUUGACCUGCCUGCCCUCUGCUAACCUCCCUGCUGGCCCGGGUGAGAGGAGGAAGAGGGGUCUGGAGAGGAACCCAGAAUGCAGCAAAACUUGGAGUUCCAUCUCAUGGUGAACUUCUGACCAUUGAGGAUGGCUAGGUGGGGAGAUAAAUAGGUGAAAAUCAUCUGUGCUUUUAGAGGUCUUAAGGUCCUCACAGCUUCGGAACAGGGAGAGGUUCGAGAACUGGGUUUUACAACCUAGAUACUUCAGACAUUUGGGGUUGGAUGACUCUUUGUAGUGGAGAGCUGUUUUGUGCGUAAUAGGAUGUUAGCAGCAUCCUGGACUCACCCUAGUUAUGACAACCAAAAAUGUCUCCAGACAUUGCCAGGUAUCUCCUGGAGGCAAAAUCACCCCAUUUGAGAACCACAGCUCUAGAGUCAAGAUAUUUUUCUCUUAAAUGAUUUCUACCCCGCACUUUGCUCUCAUCCUGUUUUUCAUCUUAAGCCUGAGCCAUGGGUGAACCGCUCGCAAAUUAGACUCAGUAGGGCUGCAUGCAAUGUCCAGACAGUUCCUUACUCAGUGUGUUGCUCAUGUGUGCGUGGGCUCAUGUCUCUGCAUGGACACAGACUGUGCUGCUCUGUGCUUGCCCUCUGGGGAGUGAUUCCUGCCUCGCGGAGACAUGAGCAGGGCAUGGUCGGAUUAGGGAAGGGGAGUGAGAAGCAUUAGAGACACCCAGCUUCUCCUCCCCACAUUAUAAGCUCUGUUUCUGUGCCCUUGUCCUAGAACCAGACACAAAUAAGACUCAGGGAGUUCUGUCUGAAGACCAGGCCCGCUGCCCGCCUGGCUGGAGAGUCUGCUUUAGAUGGGAGCAGGAUCUGAUGCAGGAGCAGGGUCUUAGGCACUUUCCGUUUUCUCAGGUGUUUUUUGUUCAGGCCCUUCCAGGCUGACUAGGAAGGCAGAACAAGACAGACGGGCUCGCCUGCUCUGAGAGGAGGUCGGGACCUUGCAUUAGCUCUGCCACAGGGACGCGUCCUGUUUAAUGGUAGCAGGGAUGGGGGGGGUGGAAACGGGUGGCCACUCUGCUGGUUCCACCAUCUAUCCAGCUUGCUCCUACCCACAGAGGUGACAGAGGUUCUCAUUUAUUCAAGUUUCAGUGUGUUUUUCCUGCAAUUUUUCAGGGUCUAGGAUUGGUCAUUCCCAUUUUACACUCAGUUUCAGUCAAGCUGGUUGCUCUGAAAGUUGCCCAACUUGUUGCCCUAAAGUAGCUCGAGGGCCCGAGUGUUACAGUAGAGAUAUAAAGGGUUUACAGGAUAGCGCAGAGGUUGGGGACUCCUGGAAUCUCUGGUCACCAUGAUCCUUCACCUCAUUCUAGUAUCUCUUCCCUUGGACACAAUCUCGUCUCUCCUUUGGUGCUCUCUUGCCUUUAGCUACCUUCUGGAAUGUGUAUGCGACCAUCACUUUAACAAUAAGGUGAUGGGAAUGGGUUUGAGAGUCAUAAUUUAUAAUUAAAAGUGUCGGACUUUUAAAUACGUUUUUCAAAUAAAAGAUUUUAAGUAAAGUA